GCAGGUGACGUAGGGCGCUCAGGUACUCCCCCCCGCCUACAGCACACGGACGCACAAAAUGGAGGUAACGCUGGCUGGCUGAGGGGAAAGUAGAUUUGCGCUCUAUAAUAUGCGUAACCUGAAGUUUUGCUGAAUUUGCAGUAGUCACGUCGACUGAGACACCGAGAAAAACGGGAUUUCAAAAUGUUUUGGACCUUGAUAAUCGCCGCUCUAAUGGCAGCAGAGUCCACCUUUGCCAUCACGGUCCAGUGCCCUACCAAGAGGUACAUUGUCAUCCUCUUCCAGCCCGUCACCCUCACCUGUAACUACCAGACAACCGCCAGUCAGCCUCCUGUUGUCACGUGGAAGUACAAAUCAUAUUGCCGGGACCCCAUCCAGGCUGCGCUGAAUCCCAGCAGCGCGGAAAACAUCCUGUCCCAGAACAACCCCAACUACGACCCCAACAUCGAGUGUGCCGACAGCCAGAGGACGGUGCGCAUAGUGGCCUCCAAGCAAGGCAAUGCCGUUACCCUCGGCACGGAGUACCAGGGCCGCAAGAUCAGCAUCCUGAACAAUGCUGACCUGAAUAUCGCACAGACGGCAUGGGGCGACAGUGGUGUCUACGUCUGUUCUGUGAUCUCGUCCCAAGACCUCUCAGGAAAUGGUGAAGACUAUACAGAGCUGAUUGUACUCGAGAGAAAGUCAAAUACUACUGACCUCCUGCCUGGCAUUGACUUACUGGUUAUGGAAGACUGGCUCCUGGUUGUAUUGGUGGUUUUGGGCUUCCUGUUGCUGCUGCUCCUGAUUGGGAUCUGCUGGUGCCAGUGCUGUCCACAUACCUGCUGCUGCUACAUCAGCUGCCCCUGCUGCCCCAACCGCUGCUGCUGCCCACGAGCAUUGUACGAGGCAGGAAAAGCAGUGAAGAAAGGUGUGCCCAGUCAUUAUGCUCCCACCCUCUAUGCUCCCAGUAUCUAUGCUCAGCCAGCAUACAGUGGCCAACUAAUAAACCAGCCAGCUGUGCCCCUACUUCCUCUACCCAAUGGAGCUGGACCCCCACCUCCCCAGAAUGGGUACAGUCGUGAAUAUGAUGGCUCGAGCUCAGUUGGACAGGGCUCCCAGGUCCCUUUGCUGCACGACCAAGACAGUGGAGGGGACCACACUCGGAGUGGGUAUCGUAUCCAGGUGGACCCUGAUGGGAACGCCACGCGUGCCAUUUACUAUAUGGAGAGGGAGCUGGCCAAUUUGGACCCAUCAAGACCUGCCAACUACAACCGCUUGGACAAUAUGAGUGAAGUCAGUUCUCUGCACGAUAGCCUGGAGCCUCGAGGGCGCGGGGGUCGUUCCCAGCCGCCGCCUUUGGCGACGGUCUAUGACCGGGAUGAAGCUAUGAGCACCAUCAGCAGUGUUUCGCAGCAAGGCCGCCGUCGCGAUGACUACCCACGCCGUGGUGGAGGCUACAUGGGGGAUCGUGCACGCGCCCGCUCUAUGGACAACCUCGACGACAUUGGACGCCGCUAUGACCGAGACAACUUCCCACCCCACCGGCACCCAGAUGAGCGCAGAGGAAGGAGAGGCUCAGACGAUGAGUGGAGCAGCAGUGCCCGCAGCGGGUACGAUCGCGUCAAUGACGACCGCAGGCGUCGUGAUUAUUCCCCUGACGAUCGUCGGAGAAGAGAGGGAGAAGCCUACGGUGGCCUGUCAGGGAGACGCAGCCGCAGCCGCGACGAUCUGAUGGACCUGGAGAAGGAUCGCCGGCAUGGCGGCGCUGCCAGGGGCGGGCGAGUUGAUUAUGAUGACAGCUUCUUGCGAGAAGCUUUGGAGAGGAAGAGGAUGGGCGAGCAGCAGCGGGCACGCAGCCGGGAGCACCUGGACAGCGAGAGUGCCUGCUCGGAUUGGGGGAGAGCACCUCGAGGGGCCCCACCUCUUCCUCUGAGCCCACCCUCUGGAUACCCUGGUCGCCGUGAUAACUACCCGCCUCCUCAACCACCACCAUACAGUGAAGAUGAAAGUGUUACAUCUUCUAAGAAAAGCAACCUCCGCAAGAAUGGGGCCGUGAGUCGGGAGAGCCUGGUUGUGUAACCGUGAUGUGAACAAGCUGUCCAAUAACAAGGCUUUGAUCCAUCUUAACACGACCAGUUGAUUUACAAAGACUGUAAAUAUUAGUCACACUGCUAAUUUGCUGUGCUGAUUUUUACAUGGCAUAAUUUACAAAUACUAAUUGAUGCUGAAUGUGUAUGUAUACUUCUCUAACAGCGAAGAGGUGCGGAGAUGAAAUUCGAUGUGCCUUUUUCAUGUAUAAAAGAUUGUGGCUGCCACAUGUGCCUUAGAUUGUACAGAAUUUCACAGGUAGAUUUGAAAGUCAAGUUGAUGCAAAAUUCUGUGUAAAGGUUGUUCAUCUUAACAUGUAAACAUGUUCGGAUUUAUUUCAGCUUCGGCAGUGCUUUAGACUUUCACAGUUUGACUUAGCUGAUACAGGUACAGUUUUAAAUUUGUAAGGGUUUCUGGGUUUUUGUGUUUGUAUUUGUUUUGCUUUGCUUUUUGCUUGUGAAAAAACUUUUUUUUAUAAGAAAACCUGUUGCUUUUAGUUGUGUUAGAGUGUGCUCCUUUAGUGUAUUUAGAAACCUGGUGAACAAAAUUGUCUCAUAAAAAAAGUGUUUAUUUUAAUUCUUUUUUUUAACAUAGAAAUUCAGUUUUAACCUACACUAUAUUGUACAGCCAAGCAGUAGUAUGCACGUAAUAUUCAAAUAUUAAUUGUGAUGAAACCUAAUUUUACAAUAAAGGUCUUGCCAGGCUAUUUACUGUAUUUGACUUGCAGAGUUUUACCACUAGGUGACACCAUCAUGUUGGUCUGGAACGUCAUGGUACAGUGCACUGUAUUUCGGUUAGCAGAAGUAAGGAUGUUAUAGAUCUUCUGCUGUUGUUUCUCUGCAUCUUGUGACUGUAAGAGUUGUUCAUUGGAGCAGUAUAAUGUUUAAUACAAAAAACAACUUUCUGUACUGAUUCAUUAAGAAACAGAGGUAGUUCUGAUUGUUUAUUGUAGGCAGUUUAGUAUUAACUUAAGAUUUCUGUUCCUCUGUUUUAGUCUUCAACACUGUUUGU